CCAACACGAACUCAAAUAAUCUGAAACAAAAAAAAUUGGUUCAAGAGCAGGUUAUCACUACUAUUUGUUGUCCAAGGGUCAUCACUAGUGUCUCAUUAUUAGUCGAGCAUUUGAAACGUAUUUACAAAUUUAGUUUUUUUACAAAUGAAGGUUUACAUUUUGUUGACGUUUAUUACAACAGUUUGGGGCAAAUGUCACUUACAAGUUGAGGAAGGGUUGCCCAACAGGACCCUCUGCACCGUCGAAACCCUCGAAGAGGAUUCACUCAAGUUAAAAAACCAGAAAAAAGCCGAUUAUUUGUACGUCGACGUGUCCUACGGGGAGAUCCCGAAAGAUGCAUUUGCGAAAUUAAAGUCUAGGAAAGAAUUGUGGUUUUUGGGUGAGAAUAUUACUUACAUCCAACCCGGGGCGUUUGCCCACUUAACAGAACUCGACAAUUUGGCGAUUACAAAUACUCUAAUUACGAACGUUUCAAAAAAUAGUUUUAGUGGUGUUCCAAAUUUGAAAGUGUUAAGUUUGAUUAAAAACAAAAUUGAAUUUAUUCAAGAUGGUGCUUUUAGUGGUUUAGACAGUUUGCAGCAGCUUUUGCUGAAUGAAAAUCGGCUACGGAGGAUAAACGAGACGACUUUUCAAGGUUUGGAGCAUUUGCAAGCCUUGUAUUUGGACGACAAUCCCAUCGAGUACGUUCAUGUGAAUGCUUUGAGGAAAAUGACGAAUUUGACACGACUUGUGAUUAGUUUUGUCAAGGAUAAAAAUAUCGAUGAGACUGCUUUGAAUUUUAUAGAUGAUAGUCGAAAAAUUGUCCAUUAUGUAAAAGGGGAUUAGUUUG